AUGCAUCAUUUGAGUAUCAAAAUGUGGGGAGUUGUACUCCUUUUUCAGUUUUUCCAUUUAUUAGAUCACAAUUUACGUACUAGAAAUGUAAUUUUCCUCAAAAAAAGUAACAUAUCUAUAUUUGAAGAGGGAAACACACAAAUUUUUGACAAAUAUUAUAGUACAAAACAAAUAGAUGAAACUACUACUGAUGACUGGAAGAUGAUAUCAUCCGAAGAUAAUCCUUAUAUAAUAUAUGUAUAUUCGGCAUAUUUAGAUUUAAGAGGUUUUCCUGAGGAAGAAUCAUAUGGAGUUCGCAUCAAUUCUUUGAUACAUUAUGAGAGUAGUCUGGAAAUUGCACAAAUUAUAAAGUGUGAUCUUUUUUCAGAAAAAAAGUAUAUUGGUGGUAUACCACAUAUCGUUAUUCACAAAGAGCACCACAACAAGCUAUUUGCAUCUUCAACGAUAUGGUGUAAACCUGAGUUAAAGUAUAAUACUUCUAAUAAGAUAUUGAAAAGUAUCACCCAUGUGAAGAUACGAAUGGGUAGCUCAUUAUCAAGUAAUUCAUUUAAGACUAGUGAAUUGAUAUUGGUAGUACAUAGCUUGGAGAUGAAAGAUUUAUUUUUAUUUGAGGCUAGUAUAUGUAUUAGACCUUGGUGGGGUGAACCUACAAAAACUAUUUAUAAUGGCUCUGAGAGUAAAGAGUUUGAUGAUAUUACACUAUUAAUAGAGUUUUUUGAGGUAUACAGGCUGCUCGGUAUAAAUAGAAUUACGAUGUACAAUAAUUAUUUACCUCUUGGAAGUGCUGUAUCAAAAAUUAUACAGUAUUAUUCAAAUAUUGCUGGUUUUAUUGAAGUAGUUCCAUAUACUCUUCCUUUAAUCCCUUAUAAAGAGGUAUGGGAUUAUGCACAAAUUUCAAUGAUACAGGAUUGCUUACUUAGGCAUACUAGGAAGAGUAAGUAUGUGUUAUUUAUUGAUACUGAUGAAUACUUACUACCAACAGUUCCAGGUAUAGGACUUCCAAGUCUAUUUGAUAUGAUAUUAGAAAGAAAAAAAUUUGUUGGUGCCAUUUGGGUACCAAUGUAUCUGCAUUUCUUGGAAUGGCCAGAUGAUCCUAGAGGGGUAAAAAUAUAUCCUUCAUUUAAAGUUAUAACAAAAGAGUUACAUUUACCUCUUGGUAAAAUUUUUUCUUUUAAUUUAAAGUCUCUACAAAAAACCUGCAGAUUAGCAUUUGCUGGAACACAGAAAAACAAAAAAAGUCGCAGGAAAAUAGUUGUCCGACCAGAAACUAUUAUGUAUAUGGGAAUUCAUGAACCAGAGAAGAUGUUAUCAAAUUACUCCAUGAUUCAGAUGCCCAUUGUAGAUAUUCGAAAUAAUUCUUGUAUUCAUUCUUGUAGAAUAACGGCUAGUUUACAUCAUUAUAGAAGAGCAAUGGGAGUUGUAAGCAACAAUCCGAAAAAUAGGGAAUUUCAGAUGCUAUUUAACUCAAAUAAAUGUUUGUUUAAUGAAAACCCCAAAGUAUCUGAUGGUACUAUAGUUGACAAAACUGCUUGGGAUAUCUUAGGAGCUAAAUUAUACAAGUCAGUUAUUAAGGUGAUUCAAGACAUAGAUUAUUUUGAGAGUGAACAAAUAUUAUAA